AUGGCCCUCAGUUUCUUCAGUGGCGGAGGUAGCUCAAGUUACGCGAAGUACUUCGAUAUCCGUCUGGACGAAGAUUACAUUGUAUUCCGAGGCGGAGAACAAGAAGCCGCUAGUGCUCAUUUGAGUGGGAAACUGAUUCUUUGUCUAUCGGAGCCCCUGUCAGUCAAGCACAUUCGACUUCAUCUGACCGGUAUAUCCCGUGUUUGUUGGCACCUACCGUCCAGCUCCGCUACUGGAGGCCGAAAGUCAUGGAGGGAGCGCGUAUUCUAUGAGAAGACAUGGAGUUUUAGAGAUCCGGGCAAAGGCAAGACGGAGAUCCUUCCUGGAGAUAACUAUGAAUAUCCCUUCGAUGUGGUUCUUGAAGGCUCGAUGCCGGAGAGCGUCGAGGGUCUCAAUGAUACCUACAUAACGUAUCGUUUCAAAGCGGAAAUUGGACGCAAGUAUGCGAAGGAUAUUGUUGUCCGCAAACCUCUGCGUAUCAUUCGGACGCUAGAAUCCAGUGCUUUGGAGCUCUCCCACGCAAUGUCGGUGGAAAAUAUUUGGCCGAACAAAAUCGAAUAUUCCAUAAGCACUCCUACGAAGGCGGUCAUAUUCGGGACCACUAUCCGGGUGGACUUCAAACUCAUUCCCCUUUUGAAGGGACUGAGAAUCGGACAAAUUGUUUCCCAGCUUAUUGAGAGUCACGACCUCACUCUUAACCCCGAAGAUCCUGACUCCAUACGAAAUACCUAUAAAAACACGAGAACUAUUUUGACAGAUGAGCAUGAACUGGAUGCGGAAAAUGGUUUGGAGAUUAUCGAUGAAGCCGCGGAAGGGUAUCAGUUCUCGCGCCACUUAGAUCUACCUAAGACCUUGACCCGGUGUCUGCAGGACACGGAUACGAGAGGUAUCAAGGUCAGGCACAAGUUGAAAUUCCGAGUUCAGCUACUUAACCCUGAUGGGCAUAUCAGCGAGUUGCGAGCUACCCUUCCUGUCUCGGUCUUUAUUUCUCCGAACCUCGCUAUCGACGAUAACAACAAUCUAGUUGACCAGACACCUCAGUCGGCUCAGAGAGCCAUCGAUGAUCUUGCCCAACAGGCUCCGCCAUUGUACGGUGAGCACCAGUUCGAUCAAUUGUACAGUGAGCUUGAUCCUGCUGGAUAUAGUACUCCGGGACCUGGAAGCGGACCAGGCACGCCAUUCGGCACCCUUAGCCGCAACCUUUCAGAAGAAAACCUUGCUUCUAUGAAUGCUUUGACCAAUACAGAUAUUUCCGCAUCGGCUUUGCAUAGCCGUCUCUCGACCCUUCACGAUAUCAGACACAAUUAUCCAUCGCCGUCCGAACUAGAUCAUCAUCAAAAUGCUGAUGGUGAAAAUCGCCGAUUGGGUCUUCCCCCGGAUUAUUUUGGUCCUUCGUCGGGACCCAACUCCCACAGCCCUACGAGUCCCGGGUUUUCCCGCCGGCCCUCUGAUGAAAUCGUCCAUGAGCACGACCAUAUACCUUCUGGAAUGGCCACCCCAUUCCACCCCCAGUAUGCAGAGGUGGAGUCUCUCAGUCGCGUCCCAAGCUACUCGACCGCCGUUCGUACUACUGUUCGCCCUCGGGAUGCCGACUUGCCAGACUAUCAAGCUGUAAUCGCCAGCGAUUUCGUCAUCCCGCCUCCCCAGUCGCCUCAACAAGCUUACAUUCGCUCACCUGGACGUGGUAAUGGAGCAUACUGUCCUACCGCGGAUGUACUCCACCUCCGCCCGGAGCUUGUUCACGGCCCCGAAGAUAGUGAUCGACGGAUUCGUAUCAUGCAGGCCCGGGCGCGAGUUUGA